CUAUCUUAAAUCUUAUAUCUAAUAACUGCUUCCCAUUUACAUUAGAGUGAACACAAUUAUGUUAAUAUAGUAUCACAUGGAUCUCACAAUUUUUCACGAUAAUUGAACUGAGUUACACGACUUGGUUUAUUUUAAAAGUUUCGUUUAUGAUGGCAUAACAAUUACUUAUAAGGAUCUACUUAAGAUUGUAUACUUAUUUUUUUACUGCUACCAUCUAUGAUGUAGUAAAUCAAUGCAAUGAUCUGAUAUUUCUGUUUUAAAAUAUUUGACAAGUUGAUAACCUCAAAAAUAUGAUUUCAACACAUCAAAUCAAACAUAAAUACUGCACAAUCUUUGAUUAGUGCUAACAUUAAUUUUCGAUAAUGUUAUUACUCGUCUAUGUAAUUCACUAUACACCAAAUGUAAGCUGUUGAAAAGAUAUGGAAACAAGUACAGCUGGAUGGUUUGGUCUUAUACUAAUUUUAUGUUUUACAAGCUUUGGUAUAUCAUGGCUGUUAAUUAUUACAUUGAGUUUAAUAUUAUUUAUAGUGGGGUUGGUGUCAUUGCUGUAUGUGCAACAAGGUAACAUAGAAAAAUUUUUCGUAAAAUGUGCUGGAAACCCUUUGACUUUGAACAGCAUUAGAGAAGGCGGUAUAGAACAGAUUGUGAAACAAUUAGAGAGUCCAAAAAAAGUACAAAAACGUGAUAGUAGAGUAACUGGAAGUGAAUUGAUCGAUAGUUCUUUACAAGAAAUUCUUGGUUACGUUAUUAGAGACUAUGUUUCAAAUUGGUAUAGUAUUAUAACCAAAGAUACUGAAUUUUCAGACAUCACAGUUCGACGUACAGCACAAACUUUUGCUAUAAAUAUAUCCAAUAGAGUUAAAGAAGUUGAUUGGAUACCAUAUUUAACACAAAAAUUUGUUGAUGACGCAGCUUCGCAUUUAAGAUUAUUUAAACAGGCUAGAACGAAAAUAAAACUACAAGAAGUAGCUAGAGGACAGAAUACUUCGCCGCAGAAGGAUAAAAGUUCCCCCAAAAAAAAUGUACACAAAAGAAAUAAAAGCGAAACGGAUAUAAAUUGGUAUAAUGGGCGAACGUCAGAACUAAAAAAAGAUGCUGAAAGAGUGGGCAACUCUGUAUUUUAUGUGGGGGAUGAUAAAAAGGAUAUGACUUUGGAGGACUAUUUUUUUAAGCUAGAAUGUCAAAUGGAAAAUAAUGUUAUUUCACGAGAUGCCCUUUGUAGAAACGUAGAUAUUGAAAAGGAUUUUUUGUGUGAAUUAACUGAAAUUCUUUUGUACAUCCUACUUCCGGACGAAGAUUUUCAAUGUAAACCGCUUCGGUAUAUUUUAAGAGAAAUAUUUGUAAAUUGCGUUAUUUUACCACUAAUAAAUUUAAUUUCGGAUCCAGAUUAUAUAAAUCAGGCGAUAAUCUGGCUGUGCUUGAGAGAGAAUCAGUUGCCCACCGACAUAUUUCUAACUACUCUUAGAAUGACUGAUAACUGUGAUGAAUUGAAAAGUACCAAAGAUUUAAUAUCACUUGAAAUACAAACUCUGAGAUCUCGGGAUUUGGGAGGAGAAAGUGAUCUAGCAGUCAAACAACAACUCAGCAGCUUAUAUUACGUUUUAAAAAUAAUAGAUAAUAAAUUAUCCAAAAUGGAAAAUAUGGACAGUAUAGAUGGGCAAAAUUUGGAUUAUAUUCAAAUAGAAAACAUCAAAAAAAUCGAACUUACUUUAGACCAAAUUUUAAAAAAUAACAUAGCGCUGUCAUAUUUUAUCGAUUUCGUUUCUAGUCAAGGAAAACAACUAGACCUCUUCUUCUAUUUAAACGUUGAAGGUUGGAAAGUAUCCGUAGAACAACAAUUGUCGGAUCUUCAUCUAACUAAAUUAAUUAAAGGAUCAACAGAAAAUUUAAAUUCGACUUACGAAAAUAUCCGUUCCACUGCCCUGAGUAUUUACGAACAAUAUUUGGGUGAAAAAACUGAACAAAAAGUACAAAUAAAACCGGCGAUUGUACAAACGUUACAUUUCAAGAUUCGAAAUUUAAACGAAAUCCCUUCGGAAACUUGGUUCGAUACUGUUCUCGAAGCUACUUACGAAAAAAUGGAAAAUAAUUUUUUGCCGUUGUUCAAAAAAAGCAAAUCGUACGUUAAGUUAUUACAAGAACUCGAUCUAUUACAACAAGCUAACUCCGAAGAUGACGUAAUCAGUAUUAACAGUAGCGAAUGUGUAGACGAACCUCCAAAUGUGGCAACUAGAAAAAUGGAUCUUUUGUCCGUUGAAAGUCCCAAGAACGUGAAACACGCUAGAUCGUGGAGCGACGUAACAAUGCUGAUUGGAAAAAAUGAAUCCGAAAUAAAAUCACGUAGCUCUAGCCUAGAAAAAAGGAUAACCGCUAACGGAUCUGAUGUAGUUAAAGAGGAAGAAAGAAAAAUCGACGACAAACUUUUGAAAACCGGAAAUUUUACUCUUAACGUGAAUAUUAUUGAAACUGGAAUAGUUUGUGAAAAGGGUAAAACAUUUGGUAUAUAUGCCAUUCGAGUUAGUAGAUCAUAUGAGACAGGUUACCAAGAAGAAUGGCAUAUUUAUCGAAGAUAUAGCGACUUUCAUGACCUUUAUUCCAAAGUUAAGGAAAAGUUUCCAGAUUUAUCGAAACUUCCAUUUCCUGGUAAGAAAACAUUCCAUAAUAUGGACCGAGCCGUUUUAGAAAGAAGAAUGAAAAUGCUGGGUUCGUAUAUGAAUGAAUUGUGUCGUAAUCAUGUGAUAUCAACUCAUCAAGGUCUUAAAGAACUUGUGAUAACGUUCCUCGAACAGGGAGAUUAUGAUAGAGCAAACGGAGGACCAAUAUCUAGUACCAUCGAUACUUUGGUGAAUCCUCUUAAAACUGGAAUGAAAACAAUUAAAAAUAUGCCGGAACAUCUUAUUAACACCGUUGAUGAAGUAGUCGUUGGUUUAACGAAGGUGUUCCAUCCAAAACCAGUGAGGUUUCCGGAAGCUUGUAAAGUUGGUGCCUCAAUAGAAGAAACCGACGAUAACAUUCCACUUAGAAUAAUGUUAUUGAUGAUGGAUGAAGUGUUUGAUUUAAAGUCUAGAAAUCAAUGGUUGAGAAGAAGAAUCGUCACACUUUUGAGGCAGAUAGUGAGGACAAUGUUUGGUGAUAUAGUGAACCGCAGAAUACUCGAAUAUGUGUCCUUCAUCACUAGUCCAAAGAAUGUAGCACAUUAUUUGUAUAUUUUUAAACACUCUUUUUGGCCAAAUGGUAUUAGAAAUGAAAAGAGACCGGAACGAGAUAAUGAUACUAAAAAUAGAACAAGAGUGGCUGCUAAAGUUGCUCUUUUAUCGAGCCUGUCAGAUGAACUCAAACAUAUUGUUGGUUCAGAGACGACUAGGCGAGGUUUACUUACAAUUUUCGAUCUUUUCCAAAGACCAAUUUUAAACCGUAGAUUAUUAUAUGUAUUAUUAGAAGGUAUAUUAUGUAAUUUAUUUCCCGAUAAGGAAAUGAGUAAAUUAAUUAUAAAAUUAUAUUCAAAAGCAAAGAAAAACGAAAACGCUAAUACUCCAAAGACUAGGUGAUGAAUUUUAAUUUUUUCUAUUUUGUUAUCGGUUCUUUUUUGACAUAGUUACAAGGUUAAGAUACAGGGUGGCGCAAUAGAACCUGUCUGUGGUCCUAGACUUUUUGCUUGUGGUUUAAAUGUGGAACCGGUUUCUUUAAAACACUUAUUUUGAUUAAAUUUGCAAGUGCAACUAUCCAAUCACGCUAGGCUCCCCUCGCCACGCAUCUUAUCUUAUGAAAAAAGAUGAUGCGAUAUGCACGUUCUACUGUGCCACCCUGUAAACAUUCAGGGUUUCUUGAUAAAAAUAAUGAUGAAUUUGUGCCACAUUUUUCUGUUUAAUUUAUGAUUUUAUUAAUUUUAAAACAAUAUUUUUAUUUUAAACUAACAUUAUUUUAUUGUAGUACAAUUUUUAAGUAUUUCUUAUAAACACGAAAGAAAAAUAAGGUAUAAUCCUUAGGUACAUAAAUAAUUAUUUUCUUUUUAAUAUUAAUCAAUUUGUAAAUUUAUUUUUCCUAACUCUGGUCUUUAAUAGUGCAAAAUCCCUCUCUUAAACAUUUUUUAGCUGAAAUACUAAAAAAAAUCGAAAAGCAAUGUCCACAUUCGAAUAAACAUCUUCGUGAAUGCAAUACAUUGUAUGUAAAAUAUUCUCGCUUGAGUCGAUUCAGCUGUUUUUUCAGUGUACAUUUCACACAAAAUCUUCCACAAAAACUAAUCUGAAUCUUUGUUUUUUUUUCGUUUCUAAAAUUUUGGGGUUUCAAAAAUUUUACUGCAGCGCCUCACGUGCCAAAGCAUAAAUCCAUCACUGGCAGUGUUCAUAAAUUUUAAUUUUUCUUUAAUCCAUACUUUCAUGUUUUUAUGUCACUACCUAUGUAACUGUGUCGUGCCAUUUUUUGUUUUAUUCGUUGUUACUUAAUUUCGUUGAAAAACAUUUUGAAAACUUUGUAGAACAUAAUAUUUAUUAUUUUAUUUUCAAAUGAAAACCACUUACAAACUGACAAAAUAGUUAUGGAACACGCACAAUGUACUAAAAUCAGCGCCUAAGACGCUAUCAACGCCAUCCACUGAAAUUUUCACUAGGAAAACUUUGAAAAAAGGGAUGUACAUUGAUUAAGAAAAAUUGUACCCUUAACACUUAUUAAUUUCUCGAAUAGGUAAACUAAGAUAUGAGUUCGGAAACUAGAUCAGGAUCAAUAAGUUAUAAUUGAGAAUAUACUUAUUAGGGUGACCCAUAUAAUACUGUAAUUUGCUGUCAGGGAAAGAUACUCAGUCUUGUUUAAUAAUUUCUAAAAAAUAAAUUUUUUAACCUAGUGAUAAGUAGUACUACGCAGUUUUCAAAAGUAAAAGUUAAUUUCGAAGACAUACUGUAUAUUAUUUCUAUUUAUUUUUCUUAAAUAUUAUACAGCGUGUCCAUAAAUUCGACUUUCAUUGAUUGUUAUUGAAACUUCGCCACCACUAUUUAAAAAUUUUUGGAAAACCGUUUUAUCGCAGUAAUAUUUUUUUUCAAGGAAAACGUGUAGUUUAACGAACAAAAAUCAUUUUGUAGGACAACAUUAAACUGUUAGUUGAUACAGAAGAAACUAUUUAUUAUUUUUUUCUAAAUAAUCACAAGAGCAGUUACGAAACGUUUGUCUAGAAAACGAUUAAUUUUAGAUUAUUCCGAUCAUUUGACCCAAGGAAUUUCCCUUAGAACGUUAUCAGUCGAAUUUAGUGACACCCUGUAUAUAAUAGCCUAUACUGUUGAUAGUAUUAUUUGUAAAUGUAAUACAGCUAUUUAUUUUCUAUAAUUAUACAAUAUUACAAUUAAUAAUGAGUUUUAAUACACUCCAUUGUAAUUUUCACAACUUUGAUCAAUUGACAGCAAUCAAUUUUCACCUAAGCUUAUGUUCCCCCUAAAAUAGUGUUAUGGCCAUAAGUCUUUUAGAACAGCUACUGGUGUUGUUUUUUAACCAAUAACCUUCUGAAUAGCAUAUAGAGGAAUUGGGAAUCAAUAACGGUCUAAUUUUGUAAUACACAGAUAGUAUACAAAUUUUAUUAAAAAUAAACACAAGUACAUGAAACAAUAUGAUACUCGAGUGGGUAGUAUACGGUAC